UUUAAAAAUUAAAGUACGUUUGAUUCAUUUUGAUGUGAACUAGAACAGGAGCACAUUGAGGAGCAUUAACCUCGCAAUAUUCGUGCACUAUUUCACUCUUUGCAGUGUUUUGCUUAGCUGAGAGGGAAAGAGAAGAAAAACUUCAAUUCAACAUCAUGGCUAUUUUAUCUCUAAAUGUACAAACCAUUUUGGCGGGACUUACCAUUGGUCUUCUGGUGUAUUACGUCAUCAAACGAAUGCGAUAUCGCCUGCCACCAGGUCCCUGGUGCAUACCACUUGUUGGACAUUAUCAAGUCUACAGCUCAGUUGAGAUUCACAAGAAGGCCGCAGAACUAUCUAAGAAAUAUGGUCCAGUCCUACGCCUCUCAUUUGGACCUCAGACGUGGAUUAUACUGAAUAAUAAUGACGUUGUGCUAGAGGCAAUGGUGAAAAAGAAGGCAGAUUUUGCUGGGAGACCAAAAUUUAAUUCAGGUGAAGUAUUUACUGAAGGAGGAAAAGACAUUGCGUUUACAAAUUAUUCACCUACAUGGAAAUUUCACAGGAAAGUAGCAGGCAAAGCUUUAAGGCAUUAUUUACAAGGGGAUCUGCUUGAAAAUAUGAUACAAGACAACACAGAAAAAUUUCUAGCUAAAAUGGCAGAGGAGAAAGAACCAUUUGUUUUCAAAGAAUAUGUUGAUCUGAUGGUUUUCCAUCAACUUUACACUAUCUGUUUCGGAGAAAAGCGACCUGUCGAUGACCCGGAAGUGAAAGCUUUUCUCAAAUUAGAUAACGACCUCCUCGACCUUUUCGGCGCUGGUCUCCUAGAGGAUAUAAUUCCAUAUCUGAAAGAUAUCUGCCCCACAGCUAAAUGGAAGAAAGUCAAUAAAAUGAUCGAAGAAAUUCUUCAAAAGCUUCACACUAAAUUUAAACAACACGUGGAUACCUUCUCACCAGAUAAAAACAGGGACUUUAUCGACAGCUUGCUGAUGGCCAGACAGGAAGCUGAGAAUGAAGGAGACGAAGCAGCGUUGGAGAGGUUGGAUGAUACAUACCUUGUUCAGACCAUAUCAAAUAUAUUUUUUGCUGGAGUUGAUACCACUAGAUUUGCAAUGGACUGGUUUGUAUAUUUCAUGACCAGAUUUCCAGAAAUUCAAAUCAAAUGCCAGGAGGAAAUUGACAGGGUUGUUGGUUCUGGACAUCCAUCAAUGAAGGACCGUAACAACUUGGACUACACAGAGGCUUGCUUGUUUGAAACUUUGAGGCUCGGAAACGUUGCAGGACUUGGUGUCCCUCAUAUGACUAUUUGUGAUACACAAGUUGGAGGAUACGACAUUCCCAAAGGCACCACAGUUGCUAUUAACGUAUGGGCUCUUCAUCUAGACCCAAAAUACUGGAAAGACCCUGAGAAAUUCGAUCCUUAUCGUUACCUUGAUGAAGAAGGCAAAAUGAAGCCAGUAAAACCAGAAAGUUGGCUUCCUUUCUCAGCUGGCCGGCGUGUUUGUCUUGGGGAAACAGUCGCUAAACCGGAACUCCUGCUGAUGUGUGCAAACCUACUGCAGCGAUUUGAUAUUCGCCUCCCAGAUGGCGUGAAGGCCAAUCCAGAGUAUAAUAUGAGAGGAUUUGGUAUAGAACUCCCAUCGGAUUAUAAAAUCGUCGUGAAGGAAAGAAUCAGGAAUUGAAGCUUGGACACCAUGGUACAUGUACAUAUAAAUGAAGAUAUAUCUGUAAAUAUCUGGGGAAAAAAACCCAGAAAAGCUUUAAAUUCAAAUAACUAUUUUUAGCUUGUAAUGAUAGGUAAUGUUUAUAUUCUUCCAUUUAUGCAAUUAUUAUAACCAUUUCAAUAUUUCAAAAAUAUAGAUCUGUUUGUAAUAAGCUCCAUGAGAAUAAAAGAACAAUAUAAUGAAGUCAUAUGAGGACAUAUGGAAGGAAAUGCUGUUUGAUUGUGCACCUGAUUGAAUAGAUAAUGACUGUUUUCUGA